AUGUCGGAAUAUGGACUGACUUCCAAUGGUGGGGAAGAUUUAUCUUUACCCAAAGCCACAGUUCAAAAGAUCAUUAGUGAAAUAAUGCCGAAAGAAAUCGCUAUAUCCAAAGAGGCACGUGAUGCUAUUACUGAUUGUGCCAUUGAAUUUAUCAUGUUACUUUCAAGUCAACUGAAUGAAAUUGCAGAGAAGGAAGCUAAGAAAACUAUUGCAUCAGAUCAUGUGGUUAAAGCUCUAGAAGAAUUGGAUUUCAAGAAUUACUUGGAGAUCAUCAAUAAAGUAUUAAAUGAACAUAAAGAGUUAUUAAAGGGCAAAGAAAAGAAGAAUAAUAAGUUUCAAAAUUCAGGUCUAAGUGAAGAAGAACUAUUAAGACAACAAGAAGAAUUGUUUAAGAAAUCAAGAGAUCGUCUUCAUAAUAAUGCCACGGGUCCUGAAGGAGUUAAGGAGGAAUAA